AUGUAUAACAAACACGACAAAAUCAACGACGUGAUCGGCGUUAAGAAGAAACACAGAGACGACAAACGCUUAUCUUUAACAGAUAACAGAGAUAAUAAAGACGUUACGAAGCACAGGCACCAUCACUCGCACAGAAUCGACGACAAACACCAUCAGAAACGCGACAAAUCCCAUUCACCCGCGUCCUACGAGGACAAAAACGCCAACAGAAAACGCCAUCACUCCACCGACCUCAACAAACCCCCGCACAGAAGAAACGAUUUACCGCAGAAAUCCAACACUUUCGUGCACAACAGCCCGCGCCGCCGGUCGAAGAGCAGCAGGAAAUCGCAGGAGAGAGUCUCCGACAUUUGGUACUGCCAAGUGGAAACCAACAGCCCGUUCAAGAAGCACAAAAAAGAUUUCGAAAUUAACAGAAAAACCGACCACAGAAGCUUGAAGGAAACGUCGACUCUAACCAACAAACGCGACAUUUCCACCGACAAGAGGGUGCUGAACGCCCUCUCGUCGGACGUGCGCAAAUCGAAAAUCCACCAUUUCAAAGCGCCCACCACCAGCACGGUGAUCAAGGCGAAGCAAAGCGACAAAUCCAGCAGGGAGAAAGCGCGCCUCAACAAAAAAACCCAACACAAAAGCGACCCGAUCAAUCUCGAGCAGAAAAUCGAGGACGGCCUGAAGAUCUACUUCGCCAAAUUGCAGAGCAUCAUCGACAAGAAAUUCGAAGCCAUUCUACCGACCAAAAAAGACCCGCCGCCGCCCGACGAUCGCGCCAAAAAACCUCGCAGGAAAGAUGACACAAACGACGAACGCAAACACCGAAAACUCGACAAACAAACAGCCACGAUCACAAAGCGCGACAAGUUCGUGCCGGAGCGCGACGACGACAAACCCAUCAUCAAAAAAAUAAUGGACGGCGACGCCGUCAACAACCCCUCCACCUCCGUCAUGUACGUGAAACCGCCGCCCUUCGGCCUCGUCUACGACGGCGCCUCGUCGAAGUGCAUCGACCUGUACGGCGCCGAGGCGCCCGAGGAGCGCCGCCGCCGCCGCCGCAGCGACUUCUGGGUGGAGGGCGUCGAGCCCGCCAAGCGCGACGCCCCCGUCGCGCCCGCCGCCCGCAAACCGGCGCCGAAUCUGCAGACCAAGAUCCUGUCGAUCGUCGGCAUACCGUCCCAAACGGGCGACUGCUACCGCAAGAAACCCUUCGACGACCUGCUGGAGAACAAGCACAAGUUGAAGCGCUUCAAAUUGUACUACCGCUACCUGCAGGAGAGCAACGCCUGCAACUCGCCCAGCCACGUGCCGAGCGAGAGCUGUAAAGUGCUCUCCGAUCGAUCGGAUCGCACCGAUGCAUCCAAUCCGCCCGCCAAAAACGAAGACAACACCUACAUCAACAUCAAACUCGACGACUACCACUUCUACCUCAAAGACAAGGACCCCAUUUGCUUGGGCGAGGAGGCGAAGAAGCGCCGAUUGGUCGCCAACAAGAUCGCCUUCAACGCCAAAUCGGACACGGACAUAUCCUACAGCUCCUUGAACACCUUCGAUUUGAACAAAACCGACGACGUCACGCUGCAGGAGUUCUACUGCAACAUCGAUUACUUCAAGCGGUCGUUCGAGAAAUCGGACAAUCGCUUGUCGAGGUUCCAGGUGAUGCAGUUCCUGGAGAAUAUGCACCAAUUGUACCUGGUCAGCCAGCGCAAGCGCCAGAAACCGCCCGUUCGAACCAAAGAUGCGGGCACUAAUACUGAUAAAACUGCCGUUUUCGUCAACAAAUCGGUCGAAGCUGCCAUUGUAAUCGAUGAGAAAAUCGAUAAAACCACUUCUUAUAAAGGUUUCGACGAGGAUGCUGUUCCAAAAAACGAUUCCGAAAAAUCUACCAGCACUUUUGUUGUUGGAAAGGUGGAAAAUAAUAGUAACACCACUACAGUAGCUUCGGAGGUAUCCAAAAGCGAUUACAGAUUAGUAAAAAAGCGCGAGAAGGCCUUGCAGUCGGAUAGUCUGGUAGGUUUACAAUCAGUUGCAAUCCCAUUGCAUCAACACGAGAAGCAUUCUACUCCUAUGCAAUCUGAUCCAAUCGUAGAACCCCAACGAAACAAAACGGUGGCUUCACAAUUACCAGAAAACUUCCUAACAGAAGAAAAAUCUCGCUCGAUCGCUUUGCAACUUGAUUACAUACCAGAAAAUAAAAUGGAAUACACCGACAAAAUCAAAAAAAAGCACCUAAAAACCUUCAAAAGCUUAAAACUACCGAAAAACAUCCCGCUAACACCACCGGCAAGAGAAGCACCAGAGAUCACCGAUCUACCAAAACCCACCAAAACCAAACAAAAAAAACCCAAAGAACCCACCAAAAAAGACGAUUUAACCGCAUCGAUAAUCACCCUACCAUCCAUACCCGAAUACAAAGACACCGACAAGAAGAAGAAGAGAUGCUCGAGCGCGCCCCGCCACUACCAACAACACAAAGACGACUUCAACUUCAAAUUAAAACGCAGCCAGUCCGAGAUCGAUUUCAAGCAACCCGACAAGGAGGAGACCUUCGAUCUGCCGAACGACUCGCGGUCGCGCUCCCACACCAAGGCGCACUCGCUCGACCGCUACCUGCUCACCAGCAAGCCCAUCCUCAACGAGCACGCCUACAACAGCACCCUGAUGAUCACCAAGGAGUACCGCUCCGCCGACGUGAGCUCCUACCACAAGCGCAAGAAGUACGACGAGGCGAUCCGCAGGAAGAUGAAGAAGAAGAUGGGCCAGCAGGAGAAGCAGCCGGACCGCGUGUUCGAGGUGCGAUACGUGACGUUGGACGGCCGUCCGAGGAACGCCGAGGCGCUGGAGAGGAUACCCGAAUCGCGCGAGUGCCUGAACCGCGGCGGCGAUUUGAUCGGCUUCGUGAAUUGCCUGUGCGCCUCGUUGAAGGCCAAACGCAGCUCGGCCGGGCUGCGCAAGAGGAAAUCCGACACCAAGAAGCCCGUGGCGAGGAAGAAGAAAACUCCGCGGAUACCGGACGGCAGCUUCGAUUCGUACUACAGCUUCCCGCGCGAACAACUCAAUCCGACCAACGCCAGUUGCCCGGCCUUGAAGGCGUCGGAUUCCUCCUUCGAUUUCCUCUAUCCGGACGAGUCGGAGUCGGGCGAGGAGGCUCGCAAACGGCCGGCGAACUCGUCGAUUUUGGGCUUCACGCUCACCAACGACGAGAUCGCCGUGGGCAAGCGCUCGCCUUCGCUGGACUCGCCUUGCUCGGAGACCAGCGGCUACGCCAGCAGCCGAUCGAAGCACAGCUUCACGUUCACGAACUUCUUCAAGAAACCCAAGAUGGCCGCUUUGCUCAAGCCCCAACUAGCCGAAGGGGUUUUCGGAAAGCCAUCAGCAGAGGAUGUGUUCUUGAACCGAUCGAUCUCUUCUGCUAACAUUUCGAAGGAUAAUAACGCGGGUUUCUGCCAGAGCGCGCCUUUGUGUCGCACUUUGGAGCAAACGACGAGCGUCAAGAGGUUUUCUAGUGAUACUAAUUUGUUGAUUAAGCGCGAAAAUUCAUUACCUUCGGACGAUUCGUUACCGGACGACUCCGACGAAUACUCCCUGCUGGAGAAGAUGGUCGAUUCGGACUUGUACGUGGCGAAUUUGAGCUCCUGCAGCAUCGUCUUGGUCGAGUCCUCCGACUCCAUAGGCGCCUCCAAGGCGCCGGGGCGGCGUUCGUCCGACGUCAGGCGACUGAUCGGCAAGAAGUUCUUCGAGAACAUCGUGGAGAUGUACGAGAACGAGAGCGCCAUUGGCGGCGGUCUGUACGACGACGGCGACUUCGUCAAGGAGCUGACGUCCUGCGGCAGGAGGAGGAAGCUCAAAGCGGAGAAGCGGUCGCUUGGGCGCGGAAUCAGGCGGGUCUUGAGGAAGGUUUUGCCGUGCAACGGGAAGAAACGAGUGGAAAAGCGGGAGCCUCUUGAAACGGCGAAGCCGGUGGAGAACGGCUAUCAGAAGAAGCUGCAGGCUUUGGCUCACGGAGCUUUGAAGUAUUUUUCGAGCUUGGUGCAAGCCGUAGCCGUUAACAACAAAUUAGACGACGAAUUGAAGAUGUACGGCAUUUUGAGGCUGUUGCAGGCUAUAGAAAACGGGCAGUUCAAGUUUUUGAGGAAAUUCGCCCAGCAGAAAACCAACGUAGAAGGGGAAGUUAAGGAACAAAUUAGAGAAACUUUUACCGAUGUAUACGCUAUAGCGAAAUGCGAGGCCAGUAAUUGCCGCAGGAAGUUGUCCAGUAACGAUUCGAAAUUGAUGGCCGCUUUUGCGUGUAAAUAUCGCAUCGGUUUGUUGUCCAGAACCGACGUGAUCGCCUCGUGUUUGGGAAAAGGGCUUUUCCAGGACGAGGAUCAGCUAAAAGCUGCUGUGAUAUUUUUGUUGAAGACUACGAGCGAUUUCAAUCGCGAGGAGUUUGAGGAGUAUUAUCGAAAGUAUACGAUUUGUUGUUUAUGA